UUAUAUUUAAUUAACUUUUACUUUAUAUUCGGCCUGUUAAGUUAAAAAAAAAUUGUUGCGAUGUUUAAAGGUGAUUGUUAUCUCUAAAAACAUUUAACUAGAAUGCAGUAAGGCGACCUUUAAAAGAUGUCAAGAUGUUCGUUGUCAUUAUUGCUUGGUGUACAAAAAUACAUAAUUUACUAACGAUGGUUGUUAAUAAUGUUUACAAGGUUCAUGCUGAUUACCAACCCACGACUGCACAUGGAGCAUCAGUUCAUUGUAGUUCAUUUACAUGGUUGUUGCUGCAGUUAGAUCACUGUAAAAUGGGGGUGCUGUCAGCGCUGACUCGGGGGCUCGUGAGAGGAGCAGACAGAAUGGCAGAGUUCACAAGCAAGCGCGGGCCCAGGACAUUCUACAAGAGCAGAGGCGCGAGACCCACUGGAAUCCUCACCUCCAGCAGAAAGUUCAUACCUGUACAGGCCAUGAUUCCAGAGUUUGUGGUGCCCAAUCUGGAAGGAUUCAAUCUGAAAGCGUACGUGUCAUACAAGACCCCUGCUGGGACGGAGCCACCCCUGACUCCAGAGAUGCUCUUCAAUCAGGUGGUGGCCCCACAGAUUAAGAGAGACAUUGAGGAAGGGGUUUUCGAUGAAGAGAAUCUUGAGAAAUAUGGAUUAGAGAAAACACAAAACGGGAAGCUGUUCAAGCUACAUCCCAGGAACUUUGUUCGUUAAGUGGACUGUGUACAAGUGUGCAAUGUUUUCUUAAACUUCUGAAUAGAAGUCAUGAAAAAUUAAAACCAUUUCAUAUGUG